AUGUCGGGCAAGGAUAAAGAGCCACGCGACGGAAAACCGAAAAUUACAAAUACAAGCGCAUCUACAAGUACCGCGAUAGUUGCAAAGUCGACAAUGUCCAGUACCAUACAAAAUAUCGUCGAUCCAUUCACGCCGGGAACCUCGAAUUGGGAAAGAUGGUUUACACGAUUCGAAGGAUGGUUACAAAUACACAAAAUCACGGAGGAACAAGAACGCGUUUUACACCUAACCCUUUUCUUAAGUGAGAAAGCUUACAACAUUCUGUAUGACAGUUUAGGCACAGAAAAACCUACGGAUAAAACAUUUGAUGAACUGAAAGCUAAAUGUUUUUCUGCAGUAGGUUUUUUUGCACCAACUGGAUUAGAAAUAGCGGAGACAUACAAAUUCUGUCAUCGCAAGCAACUGCCUGGUGAAACAGUACAAGAUUUUGCCAGUGCCCUAACGAAAUUAAGUACAACUUGCAAUUUCGGUACUUUUCAAAAUACGAUGUUGAGAAAUCAUUUAGUUUUCGGAAUUUCAAGCCGCCGUACACAGAGCAGACUGCUCGAAACCAAGGAAUUAACCUAUGAAAAGGCAUUGCAGAUUGCACUUGCAAUGGAACUUACAGAGAAGGAAACGAAUACCCUCUGUAAAGAUACAACACAGGACGUCCACUAUCUACAUGCAAAUAAAUUUCAAAAGAAGAAAGAUACGGUGACGCCGAAAGGUUCCAAACCAAAUACAAAAAAAUUUCUCCAAAACUCUCCAAAACAACGAGGUCUACGGGAGAAAUUCCAAUUCGACAUUGAGGUCAACGGAAAAAUGAUCAACUUCGAGGUCGAUUCCGGAGCUGCAGUCACCAUCAUGGAAAUACACCAUGCGAAAAUGAGUUUCAAGAAUCUGAAAGUGCAUCCCGCUAAAUUACAGUUAGUGACUUAUUGUAAUACGCCAAUACAGGUAAACGGUUACGCUACAGUUUCUGUAAAAUUCGAAAAUGAAAUGUACACAUUGAAUUUAUACCUUACAUCGAUCAAACGUACACCAUUGAUGGGUCGAGAAUGGAUACGUAUGUUCUUGACACGUCAAAACGCGAGUAAUUUAUUUACACAAAAUACAGUUUCACAAAUUCGCGACGAAAUCGUAGUAAAUAUAGACAAAGAUGUAUUUAUAAAAAAUCUUUUCGCGAAAUACAGUAAUUUGACAAACAAAAAGCUAGGUAAGGUUACAGGUAUGAAAGGUUCACUUACAUUGAAACCUAAUGCUAAAAAAGUAUUUUUAAAAGCUCGUCCUAUGCCUUUUAAACUGAUACCACGGGUAGAUAAAGAAAUAGAAAACCUUAUAAAUGAAGGAAUCUUAGUAAAAGUCGAGACUUCAGAAUUUGCAACUCCCGUUGUUCCAGUUUUGAAAGCAGAUGACACUGUCCGUUUAUGCGGAGAUUACAGCGUUACAGUCAAUCCGCAACUACAAAUUACUGAGCAUCCGUUACCUACAAUUGAUGAACUGGUUUCUGAAAUGUCGAACUGCACGGUUUUCGGUAAAAUUGAUAUAAAAUGGGCAUUCUUGCACCUUGAAAUGGACGAAGAAAGCUCACAAAUCCUGACGAUAAAUACACAUAAAGGACUUUACAAAGUCAUGCGGCUAAUGUACGGAAUCGCAUCGGGACCUGCUCUAUGUGAGAUUACUUAUUGUGGGUACAUCAUCGGCAAAAACGGAUUGCAAAAAGACAGCUCGAAAUUCGACGCAAUUACAAAAAUGCCACGACCUAGAAAUGUUACUGAAGUUCAGUCGUUCAUCGGUAUGAUAAACUACUAUAGUAGAUUUAUUGAAAAUACGAGUACAUUAUUGAAACCGUUAUAUGAAUUGCUACAAAGAAAUAAAGAAUUCAAAUGGACUGAACGUCAGGAAAAAUCUUGGGUAGCAGCAAAAAAGGCUUUUACAAGCAAUAAAUGUUUAGCUUUUUACGAUCCAACACUUCCGUUAGUGUUACACACGGAUGCGAGUCACCACGGAGUGGGGGCAGUAUUGUCACACCAAUAUCCCGAUGGAACAGAGCGAGCAAUACAAUACAUUUCUCAAACACUCAACAAAACGCAAAUUAAGUACAGCAUGAUCGAUAAAGAAGCUUACGCAAUUGUUUUCGCUAUAAAACGUUUGUACAUAUACUUAUACGGAAAUACUUUUAAAUUAGUAACGGACCAUCGUCCUCUUACAAAAAUUUUUGCAAAGGACAAAGGGUUGCCAUUAUAUAGCGCGAUGCGCAUGCAGCAUUAUGCAAUAUUCUUACGUGGUUUCAAUUUCACCAUCGAGUAUAGGAAAUCGGAGCAAAACGCUAACGCAGAUUGCCUUUCCCGUCUUCCAAUUUCUGGAGAACCGGAAACCAAUGACGUUGUCGAUUUGUACUACGUAAACACGAUAGGCUCUUUGCUCAUUACGCCUACUAAAUUACGGGCAGAAUUUCAAAAAGAUAAAGAAUUACAAAAAGUCGCCAACGCGCUAUGUAACGGCAAAACUCUUACACAUGCUGAUACUUGGGGCAUUGACCCAAUAGAAUUUAGUCUAGAAUGCGAUAUUCUUGUUCGAAAUCACAUGAUUGUAAUUCCGACCACAUUACGUAAGGAAGUCCUGCAAGAACUACACUCGGGACAUUUCGGUAUGACCAAAAUGAAAGGGUUAGCGCGAGAACACUGUUGGUGGCCCGGAAUUACGCGCGACAUCGAGACGGUCGUAAAAGACUGCGUCGAAUGCAACACAGUCGCGAAUGCGCCGAAAGUUGCAGAAAAACAUGUGUGGGAAACACCCACUGCGCCUUUCGUGCGAUGGCACAUCGAUUUUGCACAUAAGGAUAAUACGACGUUUUUUAUAUGUGUCGACGCAUUUACGAAAUGGCCGGAAGUUUAUAUUGUUCCAAAUAUGCUUACAGAACCGACCAUCGAUAUUUGUAAAGAAAUCUUUUCGAGAUUUGGGUUACCGAAUGUUGUUGUAAGUGAUAACGGUCCUACAUUUACAUCCCAGCUAUUUCAACAAUUCCUUCGGACUUACGGCAUUACGCAUAAAACCUCUGCUCCUUUUCACCCCGCGUCAAAUGGGCAAGCAGAGAGGUACGUCCAAACCAUUAAAAGAGCUUUACAGAAAAUGCCAACUGGCAAGAAUUUACAUUCCAGUUUACAGACUAUCCUUUUCCAGUACCGAACGAUGCCUCAUGCCGUAACAGGAAUUCCACCUGCGGAGUUAGUUUUUAAUAGAAAGAUACGAGCAAACCUCGAUGUAAUGCGUCCAAACAAAAGCGAGGAACGCGACGACAAGGUUAAUGUACAUAAACAGUGUCGAGAAUUCAAGGCGAACGAUCGAGUAAAAGCGAGAAAUUAUACCGGCAAGGCAAAAUGGAUUUUUGGCACUAUAGUACAGCGCAUCGGAAAAUUAAAUUACUUAGUUCAUUUAGAUGACAGUCGGAUUUGGCGACGUCAUGUCAAUCAGUUACAAUCCACGGGGGUACAAAAUACUGUAGAGGAUUGCGAUUAUCAUGCUCCGCCGGACGAAACGGAGUCGUCAGGAUCCGCGAUCGAAGGCGAUGUCACCUUGGGACCCAGUACGUCAAACGCAGAAUCGUCGCCAAGCCUCGGAUCCGUACCCACGGAUCGCACACUUAGACCUAGGAAUAAACUCAAAGCACCUGAACGCCUGCAGUACCAUCACCCGAAAAAUUGA